CGACUCGUUUCACUCUCCGUCCUGGAGAGAGAUGACAAACGGAGGCGGGCACCCCCACUUCAACAUCGGAGGCCAGGGCGGGGGUUCCCAGAGCACCACGCGCUACAUGCUGAAGAAGCAGCAGCGCUACAGACGCAGGUCCUCCUCGCCGAUGGGCAGGGUCAUUCUCAUCAACGCGGAUGUCGACGGAGGGGAUGACAGUGAAGACAUCCACACAGUGACAGUAGAUAAGAGCCCAGAUGGGCGUCUUGGUUUCAGUGUCCGCGGGGGUUCUGAGCAUGGGCUGGGCAUAUUUGUCAGCAAGGUCGAGGAUGACAGCUCUGCGGCGCAGGCUGGGCUGACAGUGGGCGACAAGCUGGUGGAGGUGAACGGGGUCAGCCUGGAGAGCAUCACCAUGAGCAGCGCGGUGAAGGUCCUGACGGGCAACAACAGGCUGAGGAUGGUGGUGAGACGGGUGGGGAAGAUCCCCGGCAUCCGCUACUCGAAGGAAAAGACCACGUGGGUGGAUCUAAUUCACCGGCGGAUGGUGGUGGAGGAGACCGGUCGGACGCCAUCGGAGACCGGUUCGGACAGCGCUCUCCGCCGGAUCAUCCACCUUUUCACCACCUCGGACGACUACUGCCUGGGCUUCAACAUCAGAGGAGGCAAAGAGUUUGGACUUGGCAUUUAUGUCUCAAAGCUUGACCCGGGUGGGCUUGCAGAGCAGCACGGCCUCAAAAUGGGGGAUCAGAUACUUGCAGCCAACGGGGUGAGCUUUGAAGACAUCACCCACAGCAAUGCAGUGGAGGUCCUGAAGAGCCACACCCACGUCAUGUUGACCAUCAGGGAAGCUGGGCGGUACCCCGCCUACAAGGAGAUGGUGGCAGAGUACGGCUGGCUGGAUAAAUUAGCCAACGGUGGCCCUGCACCAUCUUCACAUGGUUCAGACUCCAACUCCUCCGUGUCCUCCCUGUCCUCCAGCACCCCCCUCAGCUCCCUCAGCGGACUCUCCCAGGUCCUUUUCCCUCCUGUCUUCGGCUCCGAGAUGGUCGACGUUGCCAUCUCCACAGAGGACCGCUCCAGACGUCCGAGUGGCUCCGAGCGCACCGCUGACACCGCCAUGCAGACUGAACCUCACGUUCCAAACGUCCCGGACCGCCAGCCGCCCAACAGGCCCGACUCUGACAGGCCGGCCGGCACAGAAACCAGGCGGACCGUCGGUGAAACGGUUCUGCUGAGGGACACGGUCAUACGUGGGAAAGGAGAGGGGCCGAAGGACGCGGGAGCCAGGGACGGAGGGCGAGGCCGGGCGAGGACGUUGUCGGCUGGUGGCCAGGAUGCCGAGAGACACUCGCCUAAAACGCAAGCUCUGAUGGCGCUGAGCAAACCACGCAAGCCAAUUCGACGCUCCCAGAGCCACAUCACCGAGUCAGAGGACAGACAGAAGAAAAAGAGACAGCAGAAGGAGAAAGGAUCAGCAGAAGGCAAAACAAACCUGCAGCGCUCCAAAACAUUUGUCAACUUGUUGUUCAAGAAGGAGCUCAAAGAGAAGAGUCGCUCCAAGUCGGCGUCUCGCAGUGAGAAGGAGCGAAGUCGUCCCUUCCAGCUCUUCGCCUCUCCGAAGGAAUCCCGCGCCGGCAGCCCACUGCCCCAUCCUGAGACUCUGCAGCACGUGGAGGACAUGGCGAAGAAGCUGCUGAGUCCGGAUGAGGCGGCUGCCGUGAUGAGACACUGUCGGCGGUUUUUAUCAGACUGUGUGAUCGAGGAUUUGGUGCGUCCCCUUCUGGCUAUCUUGGAUCGUCCAGAGAAGCUGCUGCUUCUCAGAGAGAUCCGAAUGUUGAUCCCGACCACAGAGUUGGGUCGUUUUGACAGCAUGGUGAUGCCUUUUGAGCUCGAGGCGUACGACAUCCUCAAGAGUCGCUCUAUGCGCUCUCCAGCCCUGCGCUCGCCUCGCAGUGGAACCCCUCGACGUCACCUCAUCACCCCUGUCCCAGACUACAGGGGUGGAUUCCACCUGCAGCCGGUCAGCGACUCUCAGCGCGAGCGUCAGCUGAUCGACGAGUUUGAGAGGCUUCGUUUGGCCAGCCAGCAGUCAGGCCACCUGCCGCCGUCCCGUGUCUUCACCCCUCUGCUGGACGUACCCGUGGACAGCUACACCUCCUUCACUGCACGUUCCCGCUCCCCGAGCCCCUCGCCCUCCCACAGUCUCCUCCUCGCAGCGUCGCCCCACAGCGCCCAGCGUGGGUACCGGCCUCACCUCUCCCCGAACAGGAGGGAGAACGGGGCGCCGCGGCACGACGAGGCCUCCCUGUUGUCCGUGUCUGACGGCGGAGAAGGCCUUCGCGAGCGCGGGAGGUCGCCUGUGAGGAACGGUCACGGGAGAGCAAGGAGGGAGGGGAGUCCCGACAGCGUUUACGGGAGACAAACCGGGCAGGAGGGCUACACCGAGGUCAGUGUGCGGGUUCCCUCACAGCGAAGAGGGAGAACCCCUCUGGCUGAUGUUUUUGAACCCCAGAGGGAGAGGAGUCCCUCCACAGGCAGAGCUAGUGGUCAGCAGGUGAACGGACCUCCUCAGAUUGAUCAAAACGUAAAGAGGAGGGAAACUCUGCCUCCUGAGGAAUAUGAGAUCACUUCUUUGACCAUCUCCAAGGCCAAGAAUUCACUGGGUAUAAGUAUCUCUGGAGGUAUAGAGUCGAAGAUUCAGCCCGUUAUAAAGAUAGAAAAAGUCUUCCCAGGAGGAGCGGCUUCUACCAACGAAUCUCUGAAGGCCGGGUACGAGCUGCUGUCCGUGGACGGCGAGAGCCUGCAGGGAGUCACUCAUCAACAGGCUGUGGACGUCGUUCGCCGUUCCUUCAGCAACAAGGCCAAAGACUCCAUGGUUUUCGUGGUCAAGGUCCCAAAGGUUUCCUUCUUCCCCACCAGUCCCAUAUGAAGCCAGAGUUCUGCUCGGACCCAAGCAAAAAACCCGCGACUCGUGUGAGACUGAAACACAAGAUCCGUCCCAGGAGAGGAAACGUGGGAAAAGAAUAUAGAAAUCACCUUUGCCAUAAUGCCUAAAUGUUUCCAAAUUUGACGUUUAUUGCAUUUUUAGCAAACAUUUUACUAAACGCAUACGUUGCACAUGAGCUCAACUGACGGACUGUCUUUUUUUUUUUCAAAGGGAGGUUUAUGAUAAGAUUAUGUGAUUCAUAUGCAUGGCUCUGGUUGAAAGUGUGCCACUGUUCAACACACGACAGCCUCCCUCUGACCUCUGAGCGCCGUCUGACAGCAGUCUGCACUUUUUCAGCCCAGCAGCCACAAAAAUAUCUGCCAGAAGGAGAUUAUCCCGGCUCAUGUUAUGAAAUUUAUAGAUUUAUACCCAGAUUAAACUCCUGUAUUAUGUCAAAACUGAUAGUUUGCUUUUUCAGAGGAUGUCUGAGGGAGAUUAUCCCAAAUUGCUGCUCAGUAUUUUUGUGUUCUCUUCUGUGCUCUGAACCAGUUCGCCACUUUAACGGCUUUAUUACGCCGUGAUGUGGACAGAGCCGAUGCAGACGUGUGAAGAAGCUGGAAAAACAUGAGCGAUGAAGGAAGCUGGUGGCGGAGAAUUUACUGUGCAUUGUGCCUUAUUUCUGUGCACGAGAAGGUGAAAAACACAGUUAAAGUAUUCCUCAUAUGGUUUUAAGAUAAAGCAUUUAAUCUGAGGUAAAUUUCUCAACCAUCAAACCUACUGGUUUUAGCUGCAUUUGUCUAGUUUUUGGCCAAAAAUCUGAUUUUUUUAAGCCUAUAUUCAUGCAGAAAUAACAACACUUAAUUAUUUGCAAACUUUCCAGCACUAUUAUGUGGUCUAUUUCUGAUUAAAGCAAAAGGAAAAGAGAAUACCGAACAUUUUGUGCACCUGUGUUAUAAUUAACCCCGAAAG